CACAACAUCACCUGUCACUAUGGCGUAGGACUCACUUAUGACGGCCCAGUGUGUUAUUGUCCGACGGAUCAAAUUUCUGAAGGCGACAGAUGUGUGGCUGAGGACAAAUGCGACCGAAGGUUUAGAGGUGAACAAUCGGGAAGUUUUGUGGCAGUACUGGGAAAUACAUUUGUGCUAACAUCGACAGUCCAGUGGGAAUAUUUUCCGACAAGAUUCCAGCGUACAAUCAAUCAAAAUCGAAGAAUGAUAGCUGCAGCAGCGGACACAAAAAGAAAUUGGAUUUGCUAUGUUUUGGCGGCUGUUAAAGCUGACCCGCUGACCUAUGCUUUUAUGGAAUGUUCAAAAAUAGCAAAGAAAUCGUCGAAAAUUAUGAAAAGUGACAUCACUGCUAGUUUUCCAUUAGAUGGUAUGCUCCAUUUGUACAACAACAUGUGCGAGAACUGGUCCCCAGUCAUAGGAGAACUGGACCCGCUGACCUAUGCAUUUAUGGAAUGUUCAAAAAUCGCAAAGAAAUCGUCGAAAAUCAUGAAAAGCGACAUAACUGCAAGCUUUCCCUUGGAUGAGGUCCGUGUGAUGCAACAUGAUUCUAUUGGCGACAACUGGCUAUUCCUCAUUGGUCGAACUCGAGUAUUGAUUUGCAAAAAUGAAUGGCCAAAAAUGGAGAAAUGUCGCAUAGUGGUGGAUGAUUUGGACAUCGAAAAUUUUGCUGUGGAUCCAUCAUUCGGACUGAUCUUCUACUCUACAGUUGGAAAAAAUGCUGGAGUAUGGCAAGUGACUUACGAGAACAGCACUAAAUUGAGUAUGUCAGAUAGACAGCUACAGAUGCCUGGAGGUCUGGCUGUAGACGCAUUUUCGCAGACACUCUACUAUAGUGAUCGAUAUUUUGAACGGAUUUUUGCUGUGGAUUACGGUAGAAAUGGAACUGUGCGAAAUGUUCUACACGAUAAAAGAGUGAGAUUGUUAAAAGUUUCUGGUAUCUGCUUUUUUGAAAAUUGUCAACUUUAG